AUGGGGCUGUCCAAAACGAACAGGAUCUUGAUCCUGCUGGUCAUCGAUACAGCGUUUUUCUUGCUUGAACUAAUCACUGGUUAUGCCGUCCACUCCCUUGCCCUUGUUGCCGAUUCCUUCCAUAUGUUGAAUGAUGUCUUAUCAUUGUGUGUUGGAUUGUGGGCUGUGAAGGUCGCAAACCGGGAGACCACCUCCAACACCUACACCUAUGGCUGGCAACGAGCGGAGACACUUGGUGCGUUGGUCAAUGGCGUGUUCCUAGUCGCUCUGUGCAUGUCGAUUUUCUUGGAGGCGACGCAGCGAUUGUUUGAACCCCAGGAAGUGCAAAACCCCCGGUUUGUUUGCAUUGUUGGCUGCUUCGGCCUAGCUUCCAACAUCAUUGGGUUGGCGCUAUUCCAUGACCACUCCCACGGACCCGGUGGCGGCCACGAGCACGGCGAUAGUCACGAGCACGAUGAACACGACCAUGACAUCGAGGCUGGUGACCAUGACCACACACCGAUCGCCGACCAGAGUGAGAGCAUGGCGGGGGCUACUGCUGGCUAUGGCAGACCCGCAAGCUUGCCUCAAAUCUCCUUCACCAACAAUGGCACGGACCAAUCCCGAAAACGGCGCGAUACCCAGACCCGCGGCUCAAGGAGAUACAGCACUUCAAAUGGACGCGGAUUCGUGAGCCCCGAAGAUAUUCCCGUACUUCCUGAGAGACUGAGACAAGGGAUUAUCGCAGCUAGCCAAUACCGGAAUGAACAAUCGUCGGAUUCGGAGAAUGGCCAUGACGAGGAUGAGAUCCCAUCUGAGCGCUCAGGUCUUCUGAGCCACCGGGAUCGAACUACCAACUACACCGACGAGGAAGGAGCUCCGACUAAGGUCCACGACCACCGCGAUGAAGAUGUCCACAAAUCUCACAACCAUGCUCAGCCCAAGCCGAAGGACCAUAAGAAGGGUCACAGUCACGACCUCAACAUGCGUGGUGUCUUCCUCCAUGUUAUGGGAGACGCCCUUGGAAACAUUGGUGUGAUCGUUUCCGCGCUUGUUAUCUGGUUGACGGACUACAAAUGGCGCUUUUACGUCGAUCCAGGCAUUUCCCUCGUCAUCACAUUCAUCAUUCUUGCAUCCGCCAUUCCGCUGUGCAAAGCCGCCUCGCGUAUCCUUCUCCAGGCCGUGCCCCCUGGUAUGAGCAUUGAUCAUAUCAAGGAGGACAUUGAGCGCCUUCCCGGUGUCAUUGGUUCACACCACCUGCACGUUUGGCAACUAAGUGACACCAAGAUUGUGGCUUCGAUUCAUCUCCAGGUAGACACUGAGAUCAAGGGCGAAGGAUCAGAGAGGUAUAUGCGUCUGGCCAGACAGGUGAGACGCUGUCUCCAUGCCUAUGGUAUUCACUCUUCGACUAUCCAACCCGAGUUCGCACCGGAAAGUGAUGUCGAAGACAAUGGACAAGGAUCAUCUCGGGACACUGACGUUCCCAGUCGUGCUGCCAGUGUUCGGGAGGGUGACCCUCAAGCGUGCCUUCUCGAGUGUGACACGGACUGCGCCCGAGGAGGCCAGUGUUGCCCCCAAAAGUGA